AUGGCUAGCUUACUUCGCCUACUCCGGAUGCAGUACACUCUCCCAGUCGACCCAACAGUCUCCUUUGCCGGCAAGACCGUCGUCUUAACUGGAGCCACAUCUGGUCUGGGGUUCGAAGCCGCUAUCAAGCUUCUGAAUUUAGGCGUGGAGUCGCUUAUUAUCGGCAGUCGCAGCCUAGAACGAGGAGAUGCAACCAAAACUGAGCUGGAAAAAUGCACCACCAGACAAGGAGUGAUCCAAGUCUGGGAGCUGGACAUGAACAGUUUCCAAAGCGUCAAAACCUUUGCGGAUCGCAUUCAAAAGGAAAUCAAGCAGCUGGACAUCGCACUCCUCAACGCCGGUCUCUGCAAUAAAGUGUAUACCACAUCACCGGAGGGAUGGGAAGAAACAUUGCAGGUUAACGCGUUGUCCACUUCUCUAUUGGCGCUUCUGCUCCUUCCGAAGCUGAGAGACAGCUCAUCUGACUCAAACCCGGCGCAUCUUGCUGUCGUUUCCAGCCAACAGUUUGUUCAAGUCAAGGCCACGAGCCUCCGGACAGAAGGGUCGCUAUUGGAGCAUUUGAAUGAUCCACGACACUUUAGCGGGACAAAGCAAUACGGCAUCUCCAAGCUGCUGUUGGAGUAUGUUCUGAAGACCAUGGCUGAUCGGGAACGAAAUGAGAAUGGAACUCUCCCUGUUAUUGUUAAUACGAUAAGCCCGGGACUUUGUGUGUCAUCGCUUGGACGGCAGUAUGACCGAUUCUAUGAGCGAUGGGUUGUUUGGCUGUUCUAUAAGCUUUUUGCUCGCACGGCAGAGCAAGGAAGUCGGUCGAUAGUUAGUGCCACAUACCAGGGAGCAGAAUCGCACGGGAAAUGCUGGAGGAGCGACGGGUAUUUGGAGUAUGUUUCUGCUUAUUUUCCUUUCAUUUCCCUUCUAUAUCUUUGGACUUAUGUCAGGGUUUUCAUUACAUGCUAA